AUGACAACCCAUCAAAGCACGCGACCGCGUCUCCCUAAUUUACAAGACCAUGCCCUGAUAGGUGAUGCCAGCAAGAUCCCCAUUAGUAAUGCGACUCCCGUGGUCUCCGUCAGUCCCAUCGUUCUACCUACACCCGAUCGCUUUGUCGAUUUACAUCUCCGCGUUACGGCCCCUACUUCUGGCCACCAGUUACCAAUUAUCCUCCUCUCGCAUGGACAGGGGACAUCAUAUUAUUUGUCCUCAUUGAACGGCUAUGCACCUCUCGCCAAUUUCUAUGCAUCCCAUGGGUUCGUCGUCAUUCAACCAACACACUUGAGUUCCAAAUCCCUGAACCUUGACUUCGAGACGAGCUCCGAUGCACCAUUCUUCUGGCGCUCACGGGUAGAUGACAUGAAACUCAUCCUAGACGAGCUCUACUCUAUCGAGAUUGCCUUGCCUCAAAUCCAAGGACGCCUCGAUCACACUCGUGUUGUCGCGGUGGGACACUCAAUGGGGGGGACACACGAUCCUGAAAAUGGCGACGAAAUUGAUCUCAUUGAUCAUCGCGUGAAAGCCGGUAUAUUACUUGCCGCUCCUGGCGAUGGUCGUGGCGGAGAGGGUCUACGUUCGAUUGUUCAAGACUCAUUCCUUAAAUACCAUAGCCAUGAGGAAAUGACCACGCCUGCUCUUGUGGUCAUCGGGGAUAGCGAUGAUGAAUCGCAUCUAAGCACUCGGGGUCCUGAAUACCACGCAGAUGCCUACUACAGCAGCAAAGGACCGAAAUCACUUCUUACCAUCACUGGCGGGAGACAUGGACUGGGUGGGGUUUCUGGCUAUGAUACUGCGGAGGCGGCGGAUGAUGAAUGCCCAGAGAGACUGGCUAUCGUUCAAAGAUUGACUUGGUCAUAUCUUCGCAGCCGGCUUUAUCCCGAGGAUCCUGCGUGGUCGGAGGCCUGUUUUAUCUUGCAAAGGUUCCCUGGUUUGGGGAGAGCUGAAAGUAAGAGAGGGUGA